ACUUCUUUUCGCAAGACUAUCUCAGCAAAAAUGGCCCGCACCAAGCAGACUGCCCGUAAGUCCACCGGCGGCAAGGCGCCCCGCAAGCAGCUGGCCACCAAGGCCGCUCGCAAGACCCCCGCCACCGGCGGUGUGAAGAAGCCCCAUCGCUACCGCCCCGGUACCGUGGCGCUGCGCGAGAUCCGCAAGUACCAGAAGUCCACUGAGCUGCUGAUCCGCAAGCUGCCGUUCCAGCGCCUGGUGCGUGAGAUUGCCCAGGACUUCAAGACCGACCUGCGCUUCCAGAGCCAGGCCGUGCUGGCGCUGCAGGAGGCCGCUGAGGCCUACCUGGUGGGCCUGUUCGAGGAUACCAACCUGUGCGCCAUCCACGCCAAGCGUGUCACGAUCAUGCCCAAGGACAUCCAGCUGGCCCGCCGCAUCCGUGGCGAGCGCGCGUAAGCGUGCUGCCGACUGGGCUGCUCUUCCCCCCAAAAAAACUCGGUGUUUCUCAACACCACCUUGCACAAGCAACGGUGUCUAUUGGCGUCUGCACUAAAUGCUUCAUAUGAUUGUAGUGUGUGACGGUGCCAGCGUAACAACCCACUGGUGCCGGUGCCACUAGCCCACUGCUGGUGCCGGUUCCGAUGCGACGGUGCCACUAGCCCACUAUGCA